AUGAACGCGUCAGUGGUGAGGCGGACGCAGGAUGCGCUGGGCAAGGUGAUCCGGAGGCCGCCGCUGACGGAGAAGUUGCUGAGCAAGCCCCCGUUCCGCUACCUGCACGACAUCAUCACGGAGGUGAUUCGAAUGACUGGUUUCAUGAAGGGCCUCUACACAGAUGCCGAGAUGAAGUCCGACAAUGUCAAGGAUAAAGACGCGAAAAUCAGCUUCCUUCAGAAGGCCAUAGACGUGGUGGUGAUGGUGUCAGGAGAGCCGCUGUCUGCAAAGCCCGCCCGCAUCGUGGCCGGUCACGAGCCCGAGAGGACGAACGAGCUGCUGCAGAUGAUCGGGAGGUGCUGCCUCAGCAAGCUCUCCAGUGAGGACGCCGUGAAGAGAGUUCUGGCUGGAGAGAGGGGCGACAGGAAAGGGAGGUCGUGGAAACCCCAGGACCUGGAUAAUAGGAACGCUGAAGAAGAGGUGCCCGGGAGUCAUAAGAGCAAAGAGGAUAGAAGAAACUCUGAAAUAAAAGAGAGAAGUCCAAGCAAAGAUCAGAAACAGAAAGAAGAGUUGAGAGAAGAAAGCAAACCACGAGAGAAGGAAAAGGUGAAAACCAGGGAGGAUGAGGGCGACAGACGGAAGGAUCUCGAGAGGGACAAGCACCGAGAAGGAGAACGAGACAAGAGUAAGAACAGGGCCAAGCAAGAGCGAGCGCAAGACAAGGACCGAGGCAACAAAGACCGGGACAGGGAGGCGGAACGUGAGACGCAGAGGGAGCGUAAGACCCAGGGAGGACGGGAGAAAGAGAGGCUGAAAGAGCGAGACAAGGGCAGAGAGCGAGACAGGGACAGACUGAGAGUGAAGAACGGGGAGCACUCCAGGGACCCCGACAGGGAGAAGAGCAGAGAGCAUGAGAAGCUGGAGAAAAAGUCUGCAGGCCCAGGAGAAGUGUCUAAAAAGUCGUCAGAUGGAUCUUUUAAAGACUCCAAGGCUGAACUAGAGACCGAGAGUUCCACUAGAGCAUCCAGGUCACUGACAACAAAAACGUCAAAACGGCGAUCCCGAAACUCAGUGGAAGGAAGAAAGGAAGAGAACAUUCCAGCUAAAAUGUUAAACCCCAUAGUGUGUGGAUUAAAUAAUGAACCAGAUCAGCAAACCGCAGCUUCAGAAGUAGGAACGAGAGAAGCUAGUACUCAUUCAGCUAGUGUUUCAGAUGUUAAUUCCACUAGUCUGUGGCGGGAGAAUGCUGAGCCGGAGCCAGCGGCGAAGCCCAAAGGAGACUCUCCCCCCAGUGAUGCAGAAGGAGACAUUGGACCCACUGGCCAAGAGAAGUCCGAGGUGUCAGACAAUUCAGAAAUCCCGAACGAGCUUUCAUCCAGUCUCAGAAGACUACCUCGGCCUGGUAGCGCGAGACCAGCUCCUCCCCGCGUCAAAAGACAAGAAAACGCCGAGGUGUUAACAGUAGACAGGACGGGGAGCGGUAAGGCCGUUUCAAAUGUGAUCGUGGACUCACAGAACUCUGACAACGAGGAGGACGAUCAGUUUGUGGUAGAAGCCGCCCCUCAGCUCUCCGAAAUGUCGGAGAUUGAAAUGGUGCCAGCAGUGGAGCUGGAAGAGGAGGAGAAGCACGGUGGACUUGUGAAAAAAAUUCUGGAGACUAAGAAAGAUUACGAGAAACUACAGCCGUCAGCCAAGCCCGGAGAGAAGGAGAAAUCACUUGUCUAUGAGUCAGCCUGGAAGAAGGAGAAGGACAUUGUUUCCAAGGAGAUUGAGAAGCUGCGCAUGUCCAUCCAGACGCUGUGCAAGAGCGCACUGCCCCUGGGCAAGAUCAUGGACUACAUCCAGGAGGAUGUGGACGCCAUGCGGAACGAGCUGCAGCUGUGGCGCAGCGAGAGCCGGCAGCACACGGAGGCCCUGCACAAGGAGCAGAGCAUCACCGACUGCGCCGUGGAGCCCUUGAAGGCUGAGCUGGCCGAGCUGGAGCACUUGAUCAAAGACCAGCAGGACAAGAUCUGCGCGGUGAAGGCGAACAUCCUGAGGAACGAGGGGAGGAUCCAGAAGAUGGUGUAUAGCACCAGUUUGAGUUCAAGAAGGUGAAAACCCAACGUUUCGAAGACUGAAAGUCACCCUGAGUUUAAAAAUAAAAAGGAAGAGAGAAAAGAUGACUCUUAAGUUUCAGUUUGCUCAGCAAAUGAACAGUUUACGAUGUUAUUAUCCAGCUAAUGCUCAGAGCUGUAAAAACGUAGGCAU